UAUUUGCCAUAUCUCGUUAGCAAUGCGGCUAACAAAAAAUGCACUGGCCGUGCUGGGAGCAAUUGCCUUGCAUACAAGUAAAAGCAGACGGGUGAAGAAUAUAUUUAAGUCAUCGGGGUCGCCACCACAAACGCAGGAAAUAGUGCUGUUCCUGGGCUGUAAUUGCCAAUGGCCGGUCCGCAGACGAGACGGAGCCCGAGGGACUGGCGCCCGAGCCGCGGCCGGGGAGGAGCGGCGCUGGCGGCGCUGUGUGCCUGCGCGCUCUGGAGCUCCGUGUGCGCCAAGCCCAGCAACAUCGUGUUGAUCCUCACCGACGACCAGGAUGUCCAGCUCGGGGGACUGACACCAAUGAAGAAGACGAAAUCGCUGAUUGGUGAUGCCGGGGUCUACUUUUCCAAUGCUUUCGUGGUGUCGCCCCUGUGCUGCCCCAGCCGCAGCAGUAUUCUGACGGGAAAGUACCCCCACAACCAUGAAGUGCGUAACAACUCCCUGGGGGGUAACUGCAGCAGCCCUGCAUGGCAGCAGGGACCCGAGACGACGGCUUUUCCGGUCUUCCUGGGGAAGCAGCUGUACCAGACCUUCUACGGGGGAAAGUACCUGAACCAGUAUGGAAAGGAGGAGGCGGGGGGUGUGAGCCAUGUCCCCCCUGGCUGGGACCAGUGGUACGCUCUGGUUGGGAACUCGCAAUAUUACAACUACAGUCUAUCGGUGAACGGCAAAGAGGAGACCCAUGGAGACCAGUAUGACAAGGACUACCUGACAGAUCUCAUUGUGAACAGAUCCAUGCAGUUCAUCGACGAGAGAAGCCCACAGCGACCGUUCCUCAUCAUGCUGGCCCCACCCGCCCCUCACUCCCCUUGGCUAGCGGCCCCCCAGUACCAGAACGCCUUCAGCAACUUGAAGGCGCCCAGAGACGGGAGCUUCAACAAACCUGGAGGAAAGGACAAGCACUGGCUCUUGCGGCAGCCCACCAACCCCAUGACCAACACCUCCAUCGCCUACCUGGACAAUGCCUAUCGCAGGAGGUGGCAAACCCUGCUGUCUGUGGACGACCUGGUGGAGAAACUGCUGAAGAAACUGGAAGAUGUGAAGGAGCUGAACAACACCUACGUGUUCUUCACCUCGGACCACGGCUACCACACCGGGCAGUUCUCCCUGCCAAUCGACAAGAGGCAGCUCUACGAGUUCGAUAUCAGAGUUCCCCUCAUGGUUCGUGGGCCUGGCAUCAAACCCAACCAGACCCUGCAGGCCCCAGUUUUGAACAUCGACUUGGGUCCCACAUUCCUGGACAUCGCAGGAGUCAACCUGUCUCAGGUGAACAUGGACGGACAGAGUUUCCUGCCACAGAUGGCCCCCUCUCUCCGGAAUGGCACGUCCCGGCCCUACUUCCUGGUGGAGUACAUUGGGGAGGGACACACCGGCCCAGAUCCGGACUGUCCAAAGCUGGGCUCGGGCCUGUCUGAAUGCUUCCCUGACUGCGUGUGUGAAGACUCCUUCAACAACACGUACGCCUGUGUGCGGACGCUCACUGGAUACAACAUGCAGUACUGCGAGUUUGCAGACAGCGAGUCCUUUGUUGAAGUUUACAACCUGACAGCUGACCCUCACCAACUGGAGAACAUUGUGAAGAAGGUUGACCCCACCCUCCUACAGACCAUGAACCAAAGGCUGAUCAGGCUCCAGUCGUGUGUGGGAAGCUCCUGCAGGGACAACAAGUACUAGCCAAUCACUGAAGGGUGGGCGGAACCACGGCUGUUCUAAGAUUGUAGAGCACUUUUAAGAGGGAGUGAAGAAUGGAUCCACUUCUUCCUUCUCAAUGUGAAACCAAAUGUUUUGCUGUAUUCCGUGCCAGUAUUUUCCAACCGGCACCAAUUCCUGAACUGAUUUUCACUGUUUAAGUUCAGCUUCACUACUCAUCAAUAUGUGAACUUAGACUUCCUGUGGCACUGUGACAAGCUCCUCUUUAGACGAAGUAAUUCUGUGUAUGCUAUCAACACCUAUGUUUUUAAAGUAAAUCUGUCUUCUGCUGGAAAUUAUCCUGGACUUUAAAAAUGAAAACAGACACAAAAAUGGCCUGGUUUGCAUUUUUGACUUGUUUUUAAUAACAUCCUGAUUUAAUAGGGGCAGGGGGGCUUAAGGGAGAAAAGCACAAUGCUGUAAGCGAGUGUUUCCUAAUGCGGUCCUUGGGGACUCGCAGACAGUCCAUAUCUUUCCUACCGGGAGCUGGAAGGUAGCAAAAAUGUGGACUGUCCGGCAGGGAGCUGGGAUGAAACAAAAAUGUGGACCAUCUGUAGGUCCCCGAAGACCAUGUUGGGGCACUGCGCUAAGCCAUAGGGACGAUUGUCAUAAAUAAUGGAGUGCCUUGCAUUGAUGCUUUUGUCAUUUGCACUAAAGAGAAGUUUUAUGUAUGUUUGCACAAUAUGAAUAUUACUGCAUUAUGAAACCAUCAAUAAAAGGGUAAUGAUGAA